GCAGAGAUCAGACUUGACUCAGUGCACGUCAACACUAUCUGAUUACUUAAGAUUAAUCAAUGGCAACUUUUUCUUCUGCUAGAAAACGCUAUAACUGAGCCAAACACCCACCACCCUGCGCCCUUAUCAUCUGCACUUUGCUACCAUGCAGCUAUUAGUUAUUAAUGAGUAAAUUAUAAAUAUCUGACCUGAGUCCACCGAGUUGUAGACUCUGCUGCUGUUUCUCUCGAAGAAAGAGGUUUACAGAAGAACACUGAUCGGAUCAAAAUGAAGCUCCUCACAGCUCUGGGCGUCCUGCUCGUCCUGAACAUGGCCACCUCCAGCAGGCUGGUGUGCCACAUGACCAACUGGGCCCAGUACAGGCCCAGCAGCGGCAAAUUCACCUCGGACAACAUCGACCCCUUCCUGUGCACACACGUCAUCUACGCUAUGUCCACCAUCAACAGCUUCAACGAGCUCACCCCCAUCGAGUGGAACGACGAUCAGCAGUUCACCGGCCUCAAGAGGCUCAAGAAUAUUAAUCCUGAUCUGAAGACCCUACUGUCAGUGGGAGGCACAGUCAAUGGAAUCAGCCCAUUCAUCGCCAUGGUUGCCAGGGCUGAGAACCGUGCAACUUUCAUCAAGUCGUCCAUCACUUACCUGCGCACCCACAACUUUGACGGGCUGAACUUGGCCUGGGAAUAUCCUGCACACAACGGCAGCCCGGAGCAGGACAAGACCAGGUUCACUCAGCUGGUCUCGGAGCUGUACAAGGCCUUUGAGGACGAUGCUAAGGAGAACAAGAAGACUCCGCUGCUGCUGACAGCCAACGUGGCUGCUUUCAUUCCCACCAUCGACAGAGCCUACGAGGUCCAAAAGAUCACACUUUACCUUGACUUCAUCAAUGUCCUGACCUAUGACUACCACGGACACUGGGAGGCAGCUACUGGACACAACAGCCCUCUAUACAGCAGCUCCAUGGACUCCGGCACACACGUUCAUCACAACAUCAACUCUUCCAUUUCACAUUGGCUGGUUAAUGGGGCCCCAGCUGAGAAGCUGCUGCUGGGUUUCCCCACCUACGGACGAACCUACCAUCUGAGCAGCAGUGCUACCGGCCUGGGAGCACCAGCGAACGGCCCCGCAGACGCCGGACCCUACACCCGCACCGCUGGCUUCUGGUCCUACUACGAGACCUGUGACUACACCCCCAGUGCUAAUGUCGGAUGGAUCCCUGAGCAGCAGGUUCCCUAUGCCACCUAUGGAAGCUCCUGGCUGGGCUAUGAUGACAAGCGCAGCUUUUCUUCCAAGGUCCAGUACAUGACUGCCAAUAACCUGGGGGGUGCUCAUGUGUGGACUCUGGACAUGGAUGACUUUGGUGGAUCCUUCUGCUCAGAUGGAGCUUAUCCUCUCAUCAACCACCUCAGGAUGUCAAUGGGUUUCCCCCCGAAACCCACCACCACCCCUGCCCCCACCACCACCAGAGACCCUAUUGCAGACUUCUGCCGUGGACGUCCCAACGGGCUGUAUGAGAACCCCACUGAUAAGAAGACUUACUUCCAGUGCUUCCAGGGAAACACCUACCUGCACCACUGCCAGCCCGGCCUCAUCUACUGGGACUCCUGCAAGUGCUGCAACUGGCCCUGAGACACACUCCACCACACACACACACACUGAGCCGAGUGUCACCUUUACUGAAUAUCCUUACUGUUUUCUCUUUGAGGCUCAUUGUCUAAUUAACAAAUAAAUCAAGCAUCCUUGUGACAUGAUACGAAACAUGGCUGAUUGACUUUUUAUUCUUGCGUUUAUAAGAUGAUCUGACAUUUUUUGUAUAUUAUAUAGACAUUUCAUUCCAAAUUGCAAGAUUAAAUAAAUGUUAUACUCUGCUUUCCGACAAUUACACUUAGCUCAUUCACGCUAUUUUCAAGUAAAGGUCGAAAUUCCAUUAUUUGUGUACACUGCACUGUUUUCUGUCUCUCUGUGAACCUAUGAGUAGGCUAUAAAUAAAGUGUGUGUGCUGGAAUGAAAACC